AGGACCCGGCGCUCCUGGCUCACCUGGACCGAGCGUCCGCCUCCGGGGCCGUGCGCCGGGUCCCGGCGGGGCCCAGUGCUGGUGCUGGGCUCGCCAUCACGGACCCCAGCACAGACCGCCUCUGGGAGGUGCUGUUCUGUCCGUUUGCCAGCCGUGGAACCACAGUCCGCAGCUCUGAGCAAGGCGUGUUGAGUAGGAAGAGGGGCCGUGAACCGAGACUGGAGAUGGGAGACCCACAAGGGAAUCUCUGCACUGAUGCUGGUGUCGGGGACCUGGUCACAGAAAAGUGCCUGGUAGCAUCGAAGGGGCCUGCGUGCCGUGUCCAGCUUGCCUGUAGCGAUCAGUACUGCGCUUUCCCUUUAGACGGGAAUGCACUUUGCGUGUGGAACACGGACGACCCUUCUUACCAGCCUCUGACCCUAAGAGGACACCAUGAGCCAAUUACUGCUGUGGCAUUUGGAAAUGCAGUGAGUCCACCUCUCAUCUGUUCUGCAUCACGAGAUUAUGUUAUAAUGUGGACCCUAGAUGAAUGCAGACAGAAAGCACUUCAAGGGUUGACUCCUCGAGGGGUUGUCAUGGGCACCCUCCUGGGAAAGGUGCUGUGUUUGAGGUUGAGCCCAGAUGACCUUGCGGUUGCUGUGUGUGCUGGAAAGAAAAUAUUUAUGCUGGAUACUGAGAGCCAGUCUACACGAGCUGAGCUGGAGGGUCACCGGGGCGCCGUGACCGCAGCUGAGUUCUGUCUGUGGCAAACACACCUCCUCAUCUCAGUGUCUGAAGACAGAAGCUUUAAGGUUUGGGAUCAUCAUAUGGGAUCAUUAAUCUACAGCUCAUCAGUGUUAACAGCCUCCCCUCUCCUGAGUCUCCUCAUCGAUGCAGAGAGCCGGCAGCUGGUGACGGGAUGCGCAAACGGCCAGCUUUGGAUCUUCAGUUUGGUUGAAGGACAUGAUUAUCGUUGUGUGACACGGGUUGACCUAAAGAAGAAGAGCAAGAGUUUCUUCAGGAGGGUUGAGUCCAGGCUGUGCAGCCUGCCAGAAGAGGGUCAGUGUGUCUGCACAGAUGGCUUGGAGAAAGGAGAGGAGGUUGAAGCAAGCCUCCCUGUCCUGGGGCUGGGGCCAUGUGAUCUGUCCCUCGUUCUCCCUGCCGAGUGUGGUUGUCUUUCUUCUGAGAAUACUACAUGCUUGUGGAUUGGAAGCUCAGCUGGCUUAUUCAUAUUUAACUUGGCAAACUUUGAACUGGAAGCCGUUUUACAUUACAAGGAUUUCAGGAGCUCCAGCACUCAAGUUGCCGGAUCAUGUGCAGUGAUGAGCAAGGUCGGUGGUGAGAAGGCCGUCUGCUUACUCACGUCCCUGUGUGGCCGUAAGAUCGCCUUGUUGGAAAUCUGUGCUGCUGCUCUGGUGAGGUCUCAGCGGGGGCACAACGCGGGAAGGGAUCUCCCCGUGCUGCCUCGCGCCCGUGUUCUCUCCACCUCUCCACUGUACUUCAGACCUGCUGAGGAAAGCAGGACCCAGCCAGCUCCGCAGAGACAGUCCGGAAUGUUCAGUGUAUUUCCAGCAUGGGACACUGAAAGCAUUAAUAUAUUUAAAUAUAUAUUAUAUUUUGCUGCAAAAUGCAGGUCUCUUAAGAAGCUUGGAACUGUAAUCUUUGAGGGUAAUGUGUUUGCUUUCUGCAGCAUAACUCUGUUCUCACCAAAGACCAACACCAGGAGCAGCGGUGACCGCUCUUUACCACGUAGGGACUGUCACAGGGGUAAGGAAUACCCUUUGGAGAGUUCUCCACCAACCAAAGUCCACAAGCAGCGUGUCAUCGCGCACGGUCCGGCGGCUGUGAGCUGUGUCCAGUACUCAGGGGAUGGACGGUGGCUUGCCUGCGGCUUAGCCAACCACUUGUCGCUGGUCUUCCGUGCUGAUCUCACUGGGACACCUGCUGUUUUUUCAGGUCACGACGGGGCGGUGAGCACCGUGUGCUGGAGCCAUGAUGGCCAGUGGCUGUUGUCUACCUCCCGGGACGGGACGCUGCGGCUGUGGUCACUCCGUGGGGCAGAACUCGCGUUGUGUGUGGGCAAAGACGUGUUUUCUAAGCCCACUCGGUCUGCACAGUUUUAUUACAUAGACACUUUUAUAUUGUUGUCUUCGGGCCCCGAGCUCCAGCUCCUCAAGUACCAUGUCGACACUUGCAGGGAUGGGAUCCAAAGAUAUAAACAGAAGAGUAGGUGCAAAGGUGUCUUCAGGCUUCCUACGACUGGUAUGACAGAGAUUACCAGUUUAUCAGCUGUAAACGGCUUCUGUUCCUAUCUUGUGCUCACGGCCGGCCGGAACAGGACUCUGGAAGUUUUCGACCUCAAUGCAGGUUGCAGCGCAGCCACAAUCAUAGAAGCCCAUUCACGGCCUGUUCACCAAAUCUGCCAGAAUAAAGGAUCAUCAUUCAUGACCCAACAGCACCAGCUUUAUAACCUUUUCGCCACCACAGCCACUGGGGAUGGCAUAAAGCUGUGGGACUUGAGAUCCUAUAGAUGCGAGCGCUGUUUUGAAGGACAUCCAAACCGUGGAUAUCCAUGUGGGAUUGCGUUCAGCCCUUGUGGACGCUACGUGGCUUCGGGCGCGGAGGACAGACAUGUGUACAUGUAUGAUGUGGGUUCGAGCACAUUUUCUCACAGACUGGCUGGACACACGGACACCGUGACUGGCGUGGCCUUCAGCCCGUCAGCCCCCCAGCAGGGGCAGCCAUGGUGGCAGGGCCAGGAUCAGCUGUUGGACCAGCCGCAGCAGCCCCUACACUGUGGGAGAGGCUCCCCAUGUCUAUGGUGGCUGGGACGUCUGCAGACAAGCACGGACAGAAAGGUUCCACAUUUACACCCUUAUCCUUGCACAGGGUGAGGGCCCAGUAGGUGUGGGCGAGCCCCGAGAUGGACACUGCGGGCGAGGGCUGAACGGUGCCACCAGGUGAAGGGGGGCCUGCCCCGCACAGCCUUGGCAUCCUCGGAAGGACUGAGCACCUUAGCAGCAGCUGAGAAAAAGUAGGGUGUGAUCUUGUAUGAAGUGUCUAUUCUGGGUCAUCCGGUUUAUUUGGUCUGUUUAUCUGUAUGUUGUUGUUGAUUUGUAAGAAUGAUUUACAAAUUUUGUUAGUUGUAUGUGUUAAUAGUAUCUUCCCCAAACUGAUGACUUGUCUUAUUGCUCUAGUUUUGUUGUGUAUGCACAUAUGGAUGGAUGAACACAGUCCAGUUUAUUAAUCCACUGUAUGCCUGUGUCGUUGGGUCCCAUUUAAAAAGUCGUCUGCUCUGGCGGAGCGUGAAGACUGUCCCCUUGAUUAUCUGCAGAACCCUUAUUGUUUGCCUUUCACAUGAGGACUGUCAGUUCACCCUCCUUCCCUCUGGUGACCACCAGUUUGUUCUCCGUAUUUGAAA